UGCGGAGGAAGGGAGGAAGAAAGGCAGGCGGGGUUCGCAGCGGCCUCUCAAUUGGUAUCCCCCUAGUGACGUGUUAGCCUUAUCUUUGCGAAUUUACAACUUGAUUAGUAAACCCGGGAAUGAAGGUGGUCGUGUGAAUUCAUCUAGUUUAGUGUGUCGUGUUUCCGUUCCUUCUCUCUCAACCCGCUGGCAGAAGUGCAUUUUUUGUUGUUCCUCCGUUGCCACCCUGUUUUUCCUAGUGUUGUAAUAUCAAGCGUUAUGAACAAAGACAAUAGGAUAAUAAUAUAAUAUCCAGUUUUAGAAUUGCCCAGAAUGUUUCAUCUGACUAAAUAAUAGGAGAAAGCAAAGAUAUUUACAUACUAUUCAAAGGAGACAAAAAAGGAAACAAAAAGACCAAACCCUCAUCAGCAAUCAACAUCCAGAUAAACAGGGAUUAACAUCAGGAUUAGUAGCAGACCAACAAUCAAGAGGUUAACAGUAUCCCAUUAACCAACAAGAAGAAAACGGUCCCAUCAAUGCACACAGAUACUAUUCUGACCUUAGAAGUCUGACUACAAUGAAGGUGAAAAUCAAGAGCUGGCAUGGGGUUGCUUCCUGGCUCUGGGUUGCUAAUGAUGAGAACUGUGGCAUUUGUCGAAUGGCUUUUAAUGGAUGCUGCCCUGACUGUAAGGUGCCUGGAGAUGAUUGUCCUCUUGUGUGGGGACAGUGUUCACACUGUUUCCACAUGCACUGCAUACUGAAGUGGCUUAAUUCUCAACAAGUUCAACAGCACUGUCCAAUGUGCCGACAGGAAUGGAAGUUCAAAGAAUGACUUGGGCAAGAUUUCUCCCCCAGCUUCCUUUGGAUCUCAUGGAUUCACAGCGCUUGUUGAGAUUCAUCCCUUUGUGUCCCCUGAAUAUUAUACAUAUGUUCUGAGUUGCCAGAGUUACUAAUAUCAAUAUAGAAUCAAGGAGAAGAAAACUGUUAUUAUAUAUUACAAUAUUUUCUCAAUGCCAUCAUCCUAUAAUACAGAUGUCCCAAUGUAUGGUACUACCAGCUGAGCUCUCAAAGUCUAUAAAACGCAAAGAAAGUGAUGACUGUUGGUAUGAAGGAAAUAAGUAAACAAACCUCCAGUUUCAAUUUUAGCAGUCAAUUGAAAUGAAAUAGGAUUAUUUGUGUAAGAUAGAUGUCUCAGUUGUAUUUUUAUUACGACUGUUGUUUUAAAUACUGUUGUAAAAUGUGUACUUUCAACUUCAACGUAAAACACCCAAAUCUCACUUUUUUGUGAUGUGUAUUACUGAUGCCUUGCUUUAGUAGACAAAUAAAAAUUCUUGACUUCUUGA